GCUGCAGCCCUUCCCCUCCCGCUCCCUACCCGCGUAGGACCAGCCGCGAUGGCGUCCGGGACCGCUGCGAACGCGGCUCCCGCAGGAGGGGCGAGCGAUGUCAGCCUGGAGGAGCCCAAGAAGAUGACCCGGGAGGACUGGAGGAAGAAGAAGGAGCUGGAAGAGCAGAGGAAGCUGGGCAACGCGCCCGCCGAGGUGGACGAGGAGGGCAAAGACAUCAACCCUCACAUUCCUCAGUACAUAUCCUCAGUACCAUGGUACAUAGACCCUUCUAAAAGACCCACUCUAAAGCACCAGAGACCGCAGCCGGAGAAGCAGAAGCAGUACAGCUCCUCUGGAGACUGGUACAAGCGAGGAGUUCAAGAGCAUUCUAUAGCAACUAAAUAUCGCAAAGGAGCUUGUGAGAACUGUGGUGCAUUGACACACAAAAAGAAAGACUGUAUGGAGAGACCCAGGAAAGUUGGAGCCAAAUACACAGGCAUGAACAUUGCACCAGAUGAACACGUGCAGCCUCAGCUAAUGUUUGACUACGAUGGGAAGCGAGAUCGUUGGAAUGGUUAUAACCCUGAAGAGCACAUGAAGAUUGUAGAGGAAUAUUCCAAAGUUGACUUGGCCAAACGUACGCUGAAAGCCCAGAAGCUUCAAGAAGAGUUAGCAUCGGGAAAGCUGGAGCAAGUGAACUCCCCAAGACACCAAUGGGGAGAAGAGGAACCAAAUUCACAGACAGAAAGAGAUCAUAACAGCGAAGAUGAAGAUGAAGAUAAAUAUGCAGAUGACAUUGAUAUGCCUGGACAGAACUUUGACUCUAAAAGGCGCAUCACCGUUCGAAAUUUACGUAUUCGGGAAGAUAUUGCAAAAUACCUGAGGAAUCUAGAUCCAAACUCAGCUUAUUAUGAUCCCAAAACAAGAGCAAUGAGGGAGAAUCCAUAUGCAAAUACUGGCAAGAAUCCAGAUGAAGUUGGUUAUGCAGGUGACAACUUUGUCCGUUACACUGGAGAUACUAUUUCAAUGGCCCAGACUCAGUUGUUUGCUUGGGAGGCUUACGACAAAGGCUCUGAAGUUCAUCUUCAAGCGGACCCUACAAAAUUAGAGCUACUUUAUAAGUCCUUCAAAGUGAAAAAAGAAGAUUUCAAGGCACAGCAGAAAGAAAGCAUCCUAGAGAAGUAUGGAGGACAAGAACAUCUAGAUGCCCCACCUGCUGAAUUGCUCUUAGCUCAAACAGAAGAUUAUGUGGAAUAUUCUAGGCAUGGAACAGUCAUCAAAGGACAAGAGAAAGCUAUUGCUUGCUCUAAAUAUGAAGAGGAUGUAAAGAUCAAUAACCACACAUGCAUUUGGGGCUCAUACUGGAAAGAAGGCAAGUGGGGUUAUAAAUGCUGCCACUCCUUUGUCAAGUUCUCCUACUGCACAGGAGAAGCUGGGAAAGAAAUUGCUAAUACGGAAGCAAGCUUAGCAGAAGACCAGAGCAGGGAUGAAGAACACAUGACAAAACCCAAAACUCUGAUGGAGAUCCACCAAGAAAAACAGAAAGACAAGAAAAAGAAGAAACACAAGAAGAGCUCAAAUUCAGAUAGUGAGGGUGAAGAGAAAAAGAAACAAGAAAAACUUAAAAAGGCACUAAAUGCAGAAGAAGCUCGUCUCCUCCACGUUAAAGAAAUCAUGCAGAUAGAUGAGAGGAAGAGACCAUAUAACAGUGUAUAUGAAACGAGGGAGCCAACGGAGGAGGAAAUGGAAGCCUAUAGAAUGAAACGCCAGAGACCUGAUGAUCCCAUGGCCUCUUUUCUUGGACAGUAAACUGGGAGAAAAUCAUUCCAAUGCUCAGGAUGACUUCAUACUUGUUCACAGAUCUCUAGAUGCUCGCUUACCUUCCAUGUGUGUAACAGAUGUCAGAAAUGGCAGUUUCUCUUCUUAUGUCACAGAAGCUGGUGAUAAAUUCUUACAACAGACAAAAGCAGUGUAGUAUGUAUAGCAGUUCUAGAGAGUGUGUGUUUAUAUACAUACACACAAUGUUUAUAUAUUUAUAUACAUAUAUGUAUAUAAUGUAUUCCCGCACUCAGUCAAUUCUGUACUGGAAGUAGGAGCUGAUAGUGUCUGGGAUCCAAAUUCAUUGGCCACGGGAUCUAUGCUCUGAAUUUGCAUGAGCCAAUUCAGUGCAGCUGACUAAGCAGAAGAAAUGGUCAGCAGGGGUCACUGUCAAACAGAGCAAGAACUGUUGCAAAUCGACUUGACGGCUUUAUUUCUAAAGGGACUUGCUUGUCACACGGCUUUCAAAGGAAAAGUAGUUUUUCUUGAUCAUUUUGUAAUAAGUAUUUUGGAAUAUGUAAAAAUGGAUUGCUUUGUACAGGGUUGGUUAAAUUAAUAUAAAGGUCUUAAAUGCUAAAAAGACGAUAGGAGAAGCUGGCUGUAGAGCUUUCUGUUUUUUAUUUGUUUAAAUAGAAAGCUGAUUCUUCAUCCCUAUUUCCAAUAAUGCCAACAUUGCUAUGAUAAGUGAAGGUUAGCCAAAAAGUGGGUGGUCUUACCUGUACUGUUUUGAGUUGCAAACAGUUGAGUUCUUUGAUAUUUUCCUUGAAACUUUCAGAACCCUUUCGCAUGGGGUAAUACUGAAUGUCAACCUGUAAUACCUUAUAACAGUGUCAUGCAGCAGAUCUGACAAUACUGAUCACUUAAAAACAUUAAUUUUAGACUGUGACUACUAAGGUUAAAACAAUGGAUGAAAAACUUAACACCAAUGGCAGGGCUUUAGAAUUGGAAGAAUGAAGAACUACUUCUAUUGUGGCUUAAAUUGUUUCAUUAAAUAUGGCUUAACCAUGUUGUGAUUAUAUUAAUGGUAGGACAAAGAAAACUCCAUUCUGUAAUCCUGCUUUCUUAUAAUGAAGAAACUGGUUAUAAUGCUCAUUUUCUAGACAGUGGAGAAAGUUAAACCUUCUAUGACGAAGUAAAACCUAUUUCUACGUGUAAAGGUGAUUUCCUUUUAUUACAUUUUUCUGCUGGUUUGCUUCUCC